CACAAAGCUUGGCUAUUUGGUAGUAUUUGAUAUAUUUGUGGGAUUUUUUUUUUGAUAUACAAUUCUGAUGAAGUUUUUGUUUUUAUUUUAUUUCUGGAUAAUCUUGUUGAAUUGUAAGUUUCAAUGGCUGUCUACAGAUGUUCAUUGUGCAUUUUUAUCACAACACAUUUGUCAUACGCAUUUUAUCAAACAGUUUGUGAGCAACAGAUAAUUCUUCGCAUUUUGCAUGAGAAGAAAAGAAAGCUUAGUACGUUCACAUCAAGGAGUCUGCUUGCAUACUUAGUCGAUCAAGUCUACAAGCAAUAUAUGAAUUUAAUACAUGGUGGGUAACCAGGUAUCAAUGCAACCGAAUCGUACUUCUACAAAUUUGGUUGGGUAUCACCCUUUAUAUUUAUUUUUCAGAACAGAUUUGGAAGCUUACCCUCUGAGUUGGGUCUCUGAGGUGAGGUACAUUUGAGCCAACCUAUGAUUUGGAAGCUGACCCUAUGAGUUGGGUUUCUGAGGUGAGGUACAUUUGAGCCAACCUAUGGAUCCAUCUGACUCUAAUGUUGAAAAUGCAAGCCCUCCUCACCUCAACGAUAUUGUGCACUCUAGAUUUAUCGGUUCCCAUAGAUUCAUUGGGCUCGCACGGCUCUGUUCUUCCUUGGCCGUCUCACUUAACUGUAGUUACACCCAAGAAAAGGCCUCAUUGAGUGAUAGGAACUUGGGUUUUCUUAUAAACCCACGCCACUUGGGUUAUCCAAGCGAUGUGGGAAACUAUAAAUCAUAACAUGCAAGCCCAUUGGCUUAUCAGUGCAAAUUUUGGAGCUUACAACAAAAGUAGUAAUUUUCUGGUAUACCAUCUCAGUUGCUUGUUCUUGUUUUUGGUGAUUUUGUUAUAUCCAGAUUUUCUAUUUUCUUAGACAUGUGCUUGUGUAUACAUUUGGCAUGGCCUUGAAAUGUUUAUAUGUUUCUGUUUAUGGAUUGUGUAUUCUUGUGUUUUGUAUAUGUAGAAAUAUCUUUACAGAUCUCAAUUUCAUGAUCUUUCCUUCAUAUGGCAAAUAUUAUCAAUGACUGCAACUAGUUAAGAUGAUUGUGUGCAAUUAAAAUGUUGCUAUUUUAUUCAUGGUGGUCCUCUUUCAGUCUGUGACAAUCUUUUUCUUCUUUUUGCUACAUAAAUGAUCUUUAUAUAUAUACACACACAGACAUUGGAGGUAGUCGUAAACAAAUUCCUUUGAGAAGCUCAAAUGGCAGUAACAGUUGGAGGGAUAGAGAUACUAGUCACUUUUUUAUUUCUUUGUAGUUUGCUGAUUCUCUAUUCAUUGAUUCAAAAGAUGAAGUCUUCAGGGUUCUUUGGGUUUCCAGUGCUCGGAAAUCUUCCAGAUAUUCUAAUCAAUGCUUCGCGCAUCCAUGAACAUACCACUCAAGUUCUUAAAAGAAGCCGGGGCACUGCAGUGUUCAAAGGACCCUGGUUGUCUAAGAUGGAGUUCUUGAUCACUAGUGAUCCCAUGAAUAUUCACCACAUUUUGAGCAAAAACUUCAUCAAUUAUCCUAAAGGCCCCGAUUUCAAGGAGACAUUUGAGCCUCUGGGAGAUGGGAUUUUCAAUUCCGACUCAGAAUUAUGGGAAAUACAAAGGAAGUUCCUCCAUUCAUUGAUGAAGAACUCCAAUUUCGAGCAUUUUGUCAAGCAAAAUGUGCACACAAAGUUAGUGAAAGGCCUAUUCCCAGUUCUUGAUCAUGUAUCAAAAUCAAGUACUGGUGUAGUAGACAUGCAAGAUGUAUUUCAGCGAUUGAUGUUUGAUACUACUUCCUUGACGAUUCUAGGCUUUGACUCUAAUUGUCUCUCCGUUGAUUUUCCAGAAGUUCCCCACGCAAAAGCCUUUGAUAUUAUGGAGGAGUCUGCUUUCUAUCGGCAUGUGUUGCCUGCAUGGUUUUGGAAGUUACAAAGAAAGCUUCAUAUUGGAGAAGAGAAGAAACUGGCUAUAGCUUGGAAGACUUUCGAUGAUUUCGUGUAUCAAUGCAUAGCAAGAAAGCGAGAAGAACGAAAAGAGAAGAUCAAGAACGACAACUCUGACUUACUCACAGCUUAUAUGGAUGCAGAAUUCAAAGAUGGAGAUGAAGUUUUAUCUGCAAUGAUAAAAUCCGACAAGUUUUUGCGAGACAUGGUGUUCAAUCUCUUAGCUGCUGGUAGAGACACUUUGAGUAUUGGCCUCAGUUGGUUUAUAUGGUUGAUUGCAAACAACCCAUCUGUUGAAACCAAGAUUUUGGAGGAAAUUAAAGCAAAUUUGGCCGAUACAGAAGACGCGAAUAGGUACUUAUUCAGUGUCAAUGAGGUUAACAAACUUGUCUAUCUCCAAGCAGCAUUGUGUGAGACAUUGAGGCUGUACCCUCCAGUGCCAAUUAACCACAAAUCAACACUUGAACAGGACAUUCUCCCAACCGGCCAUGCAGUGAAGCGAAAUCAGAUGGUGUUGAUUUCUUUCUACUCAGUUGGAAGAAACAAAGAAAUAUGGGGGAAAGAUUGCUUGGAGUUCAAGCCUGAGAGGUGGAUUAAUGUGGAGAAAGGAGGUAUUCUACAUGUUCCAUCUUACAAGUUUGUCGCUUUCAACGCAGGACCGAGGACUUGUUUGGGUAAGGAUGCAAGUUUUAUCCAGAUGAAGAUGGUUGCCAUUGCUAUUCUCUGUAAUUAUCAUGUUCAGGUGGUGGAAGGACAUCCUGUUUUUCCUGCUAAUUCUGUCUUGCUUCCUAUGAAAUAUGGUUUGAAGGUCAGAAUCACCAAAAGAAGCAGCAUAUGAAGGAGACUGUGUCUUCUUCAGAACCCCUCUUUAUCUGAUCUUUUUUAGGGUACUUUUUGCAUAAGUGGUGAAGUAAGCAAGUGUUAUAGUGCUUGUUUACAGCAAAAGUUCUGAAGUCCACAAGUUUGAAUCACUCAUCAUAUUGUUGUUUUGCGAUUUUUCAUGAUGCUUAAAAAAAUGCAUGUUGAUUCCAUUAUUGGGAUUUCAAGGAACAUUGGUCAAUUUUAAAUUUUUUUU